AUUCUCUUUUAUUUAUUUAAAAAGGAUGGCUGUAUGGAAUAUAAGAUCGUUGACUUAUCUUAUGUCUAACCGUUUGACAUUGACAUUUGACUUUAAUUUGAUUACGGUUUAGCGAAAACUUCUACUGAAUGCUGAGCGGGAAAUUUCUUUAUUUUUAUAUGAAUAAGUAAAGUAACUAGAAAGUAAAUAAGUAUGACUACUAGAUCACAAAAGAAAUCAAACUCUACAUCAAGUAAUUUAAGUGUAUCUCAAAAAAGAAUAGAAAACUCGUGGAUUUUACUUAUUAAAGAAUCGUUAUUUGAAAAUAGCAGUUUCAGCAUUAUUACACUUCCUCAUCCAGCUCAUGGGAAUUUAUCGAAGUAUUGCUUAGAUAAUGUUCACAACAAAAUGUUUGAAGUGGUGACAUUCAACGAACCAUAUAGAUCAUGGUUUAUUGGUGACUUUGUUAAAUCUGACGGGAGUAUUUUAAUGGUUACUCCAAUAAAUCCAUUGUUUUUAGUUCUCCCUAGAUUAAAGGAACAAUGUGUCAACAGAGCAGUACCAUUAAAUGAUUUAUUAUCAGAGAAGGGAUUUGAUAAAAUUGUUGAUUAUGUUAAAAAUAUGGAAAAUAUUGGAGAUUUGAAGGGUCCAGCAGAAAUGAAGGCCUAUAAAUACAAUGAGGAAAAAACAUUAAACUGGUUAAAAGAAAGGAUUCAUAAAGUAGCAAAUGUUUUAAAGGAGAAAAAUAUCCAUGUAACAUCUGGAGCUAUUUCAUCUACUUUUGUAUCCAGUAACCUAAACAAUGACAGCAUUGAUGAAGAAUUUUAUCUCAAAUAUGCUCAUGGUAUAAUAUCAGACUACCUUCAAGAGGACUUAGUUGAAAAACUAGAAAAACGGUUUAAUUUUAAACCUGAAAUAAUUGAAACAGUUGGAAAGAAGAGAAAGUCUGAGGCUGAUCUAAAUAACUCAAAUAAAAAAGCCAAGAAUGAAUCCAUGUGUGAAGAUUUUAUUGAUGUGAAAGCUGGUGUUCAGUUAAAUGGAUCGUCUGAGACCAAAAAGAAGCCAACAGCUAAAGAAAAAGCUCGACAAAAGGCUGCCAGUGGAACAAAAACAAUAUCUUCAUUCUUUACAAAAAAAUAAAUGGCUUUUAAACUACAGUUA